AGGCGCGCAUGCGCCCCCGCGUGGCUCGGCGCGCUCCUAGCAUCCGGUCCCGAGCUGAUCAGUCCUACGGAACCUCCGCCGCGGGUUCCGCGUUUCCGGGGGAAGAGGGACGAGAAGGACCGGGACGCCGAGCUACCUUGGCUACUUCGGGAAGCCAUGGCUACCGCGGUGGGAAGGCUGGUUCUUCGGCGGCCCGGCGCGGGCGGCGGGGCUCGCUGGAGAUUUAUAGCGACGUCGCCAGCUGCCGAGCUGUCACCCACGGAGCUGACAGAAAUGCGGAAUGAUCUGUUUAACAGAGAGAAAAGCAGGCAGUUAUCGUUAACCCCCCGAACGGAGAAGAUCGAAGUUAAGCAUGUUGGGAAAACUGAUCCCGGCACUGUCUUCGUGAUGAAUAAAAACAUCUCAACCCCUUACAGUUGUGCCAUGCGUAAGCAGCAGAACAAUGUUGACCAUUUUACACGCGCUGUGCAGAGCACUGCAGAGGGGAACAUGCUGUCAUUACUUGGCGAAGCUGUAGAAUUUAUUUGCAGCCAUUUUGCCACCCACUGUCCCCUUUGUUUUGUGGAUCUGAGUGAGUGGUACUGCAGUAAGUCCAUCCUGGCUCUUGUGGACGGACAACCGUGGGACAUGUAUAAGCCUCUGACCAAGUCUUGUGAGAUCAAAUUUCUUACUUUCAAAGACCCUGACCCAAAAGAAGUGAAUAAGGCGUAUUGGCGUUCUUGUGCCAUGAUGCUGGGCUGUGUAAUCGAAAGGGCAUUCAAAGAUGACUAUGUGGUCAGCCUGGUCAGAGCACCGGAAGUUCCUGUGAUUGCUGGGGCCUUCUGCUAUGAUGUCACUUUGGAUAAGAGACUGGAUGAGUGGAUGCCAACAAAAGAGAACCUGCGUUCUUUCACAAAAGAUGCCCAUGCUUUAAUAUAUAGGGACCUUCCCUUUGAAACUCUGGACGUUGAUGCAAGAGUGGCGCUGGAAAUAUUUCAACAUAACAAGUACAAAGUGGAUUUCAUAGAGGAGAAGGCAUCUCAGAACCCCGAGAGAAUAGUCAAGUUACACAGAAUCGGUGACUUCAUUGAUGUAAGUGAAGGCCCCCUUAUUCCGAGAACAAGUGUUUGCUUCCAGUAUGAAGUGUCAGCGGUCCACAAUCUUAACCCCAGCCAGCCGAACCUCAUUCGCAGAUUUCAGGGCCUGUCUUUACCCACGCACUUGAGAGCACAGUUUACAAUAUGGGACAAGCUAGUGGAAAGAUCUCGGAAAAUGCUGUCUUCAAACACACCAGAAGAGGGCAUCAGAUCUCAUUACGGAUGGUUGUGAGCCACCAUGUGGUUGCUGGGACUUGAACUUCGGACCUUCGGAAGAGCAGUCGGGUGCUCUUACCCACUGAGCCAUCUCACCAGCCCGCUAUGUUAGUUCUAAUUGAGUCCCCACCCAAGAUAUAAGAUACAAUUUCCUAAACACAUGAAACUCAAGAAAAAUGAAGACUGAAGUGUGAACACUAUGCCCCUCCUUAGAAGUGGGAACAAAACACCCUUGGAAGGAGUUACAGAGACAAAGUUUGGAGCUGAGAUAAAAGGAUGGACCAUGUAGACACUAGCAUAUCCGGGGAUCCAUCCCAUAAUCAGCUUCCAAAUGCUGACACCAUUGCAUACACUAGCAAGAUUAUGCUGAAAGGACCCUGAUAUAGCUGUCUCUUGUCAGAGUAUGCCUGGGCCUAGCAAACAUAGAAGUGGAUGCUCACAGUCGGCUAUUGGAUGGAUCACAUGGCCUCCAAUGAAGGAGCUAGAGAAAGUACCAAAGAAGCUAAAGGGAUCUGCAACCCUAUAGGUGGAACAACAUUAUGAACUAACCAGUACCCCGGAGCUCUUGACUCUAGCUGCAUAUGCAUCAAAAGAUGGCCUAGUCGGCCAUCACUGGAAAGAGAGGCCCAUUGGACACGCAAACUUUAUAUGCCCCAGUACAGGGGAACGCCAGGGCCAUAAAAGGGGAGUGGGUGGGUAGGGGAGAGGGGGUGGGUGGCUAUGGGGGACUUUUGGUAUAGCAUUGCAAAUGUAAAUGAGCGAAAUACCUAAUAAAAAAUGGAAAAAAAAAUAAUUUUAUAAACUUAAUGAGCAUUUGAAAAAUGAAGGCUUCUGAGCUUUAAAGUUGCCAUGACUGUUAAAUAUGUGAAUGUCCUGGAACUGAGAUUCAAACAUGGCUUUAGUGUUUGAGCUGCCCAUGUAAGUUGUUAAUUUUUUUGACUUCUUUCACUCUCGUUGUCUGAUAGCUGCCCUGUGAACCUACCUCACCAGCUCUUCCUACUUAGUCUAAUUUCCAGUCACCUUUUGAACUUGAAAAUAAGGCUUACAGACAAACAGAUUACGCACAUGACAUUUAUUUUCAAGUUGCCUACUUUUUCAGGCCACUUGUGUCCAUGGGUUAGGAACAUGGAACUUACUGGUACCCUUUGCACUGGGUCUGUAACAGUCUCUUCCAGAUAGACAUGGGCCCGCAGUAAGACACAUUGAUGAAGAAUACCCUGUGUUUCCCUCCUGCUAAUUUUCUCAUAGUAAUGCUUUUGUUUUAUAGAUAAGAAUAAGGUGAGAAACUUAGGAAGCCUACGUUAAUAUGCCUUCUGUUAUAUAGUUUUUAAUGGCCACACUUGGUGGUUUAUAUCGGAACUUGUUUUGUUGUUGUUAAACUCUGUGAUAAUUCCUGAAGGAAGUGGGACAGGUCUUCACAGGAGGGGGAGUGGGGGUUGAACUGUGCACAGGGUGGGCUGAAAGAGCCGGAGGAGUAAAACUGUUGCUGUCUUCACAGGUAACUGAAGAUGAAGUCAGACAGACAGAGAACACCGAAUCCACCCAGUAGUGUUCUAAAAUUUAAACUUGUAGAGUAAAUUAAAAUAAAAGCUUUUAAUACAA